UACCCAAGAAGUUCUUCCUCAACUCUGUUUUACAGAGGGUAAUUGGAUAUUGGCUGUCUGUAAUGAUAAAAGCUAUUAAUUAAUCUUAUGUACUAGUUGUGUGGUUCAAGAUAAGGAACUGAAGUCAUCAGCAGGUCUUCACUGGUGUAGGUGAGCUCUGGAGAGAAGGCUCACCUUUCUGAGCAGCUCUUUUGUAGAAAGGUCUAGGUCUGCAUGUCUCGUGUGUACUUAAGAAACUUUAUAAGAAGUAGAUAUACGUCUCUGUUUUUGAAAUCUCUGACUUCCUGCUUAGCUGACAACUGAUUAUUUUGUGGGAAAGCAAAACUCAGCAAAUACCUAAAAUGAGCAACCUAAGUUUUGAGGAGCAAACAAAACACACCGUGAAUGCUCUUUUCAAAGACUUCCUGACACCAUUACAACCUGCUAACCAGAGUGGUGGAAUGGAAACAUACUCAGUUGUUCAUGGGGCCUGGGUGUUGUGUAUGAGCGACAGGUGUGAGCCACCGGCAUCUGGCCCCCCUGUACUUUUGAGUGCUACUCCACUAAUGGCCAUUCUGUCCUCAGUUGGAAGCUAUACUCUGGCCUGGUAUGCUCAGGAUUCAAGCUUCUCCCAUGAGAGGGCCUUUCUUGCAUUGUUGGUGAAACUUCUUGAAUCUGUGGCCCGUAUGGCUCCUAAAAAAGUAGAGCAGCUGACUGCUCCAGUGGUACACGUAAUCAGCAGGAACAAGAUCAGUGGGACCAGAGCCAUCCAAGAGUUCAUCCAGAAAAAAGGAGGAUGGAAAGCUGGAGAGCAAAGAAGAGUAGUUCUUCUCUUGACUGGACGUACUGCCUCUUUGACUAAUCAGGACAUUCAUAAUUUCUGGUCAUUAAAAAGACAAAUAAAUCAUCUUUGCCUGGGCAGAACGCAACCUAGCUGAAUAAAAUGCAACCUUGCUGAAUAAAUUGUUUUUUACUGAUUGGUAAAAUUGGGAGCAGCUCCCAGGAUUCUACAGCGCUUUUAUACUUUUGUCUUUUGCAUGAGAUUUAAUGAGGGUUUGUUGAGGCGAAGCCUUCU